UGACGUCCUCGGCCACGCCCUCACCGCUGACCAAAAACAUUUCAGUCCAGUCUGUAGCGCUUCCUCAAAGCAAGACAGCAGAGGUUGUUUUUAGGGUUUUAUUCAGUAUAGCCAGCUCAGCUCAUAAGGGGUUUUCGAAUAUGGUCUGUGGCGGCUUCACCUGUUCCAAAAAUGCGCUUUGUUCCUUGAAUGUGGUUUACAUGGUUCCUGAUUUCAAGUCACAGAUGGCUAUCGCUGGUCGGGCUGCUGCUGAUUGGAGUAGCAGCAUGGGGGAAAGGGUUCGGCUUGGUGUCGAGCAUCCACAUCAUCGGAGGGGUCAUUGCAGUGGGCUUCUUCCUGCUGCUCAUCGCUAUUGUGGGGCUCAUCGGGGCAAUCCAUCACCACCAAGUUAUGCUUUUCUUUUACAUGGUGAUUCUUUUUAUUGUUUUUCUAUUCCAAUUUGGAGUUUCCUGUUCUUGUCUGGCAAUGAACAGCGGGCAGCAGAAGGUACUUCUGAGCUCUGCAUGGCGGCUGUUGGAAAACAACACUAGGAUGGAUCUGGAGAGCCAGCUGAACUGUUGUGGGCUGUACAAAGUCAACUCUAGUGUACAGUCCGAUCCGGAUUACCCAGCUUGUCCAGCUGCAUGUAAAAAGUCCAUGAACUGUAACUCCUGUGGGGGUUUGAUGCUAAAUCACGCAACAGAGGCUCUGAAGAUCCUUGGGGGCGUUGGACUCUUCUUCAGCUUUACAGAGAUCCUCGGAGUGUGGCUCGCUGUGCGCUACAGGAACCAGAAGGAUCCGCGAGCAAACCCAAGUGCUUUCCUAUAGUCUGUCCCUCUUAUGCAGAGCAGCGCCGCCAAUGCAGUUUCAGACACACUGGUACACUUAGAAUCAUGCACAUCUAGAGGCCAGCACUCAAGCAUAUAACACAACAGUCCCACCAACCGCAACUACACCGAAUGGAUGUGCAGCACCCAACAAACACUGAGGAACAUCACACACAUGCGCACACACACGCUUACCUAAGACUGAGGCACUUUUACAGCGACCUGUCCAGAGCUCAAGCCUGAAAAGUUUGAUACUCAUGUAUGAAAGGAUGACGGGUAAUACCGUUAACGUGACCCAGCCUUGAUGUGAGUACCAGAUUCCCGAUCGUGGCUUGCCUAGUUUCCAGCUCCGUAACGAGCGAUGCGACAUCUCUGCAUGCGUCCCACGCCUGCGCAGAUAAACAGCCUCUUUGUUGAUUCAUUCCACACACCAAAUGGACUGUGCGGUGUCCAACAAACAACCUGUAUGCACCUUGAAACUUUCCUCUUGUCUCUAAUGUAGUGCCACCUCUUACGACAAAUGUACUCCUGGUCAGUGUUAUCAGUGAUGUAUAGAGCUGUAUACCCACACAUGUCCAGUGCGAAGACUAAAAUAAUGUUUGUUCUCAAAAACAGUUGAGCAAGGGUGGAAAACGUUUCAUGCUGGACAUGUGAUGUAAAGUAGUUUUUGAACUGUUUGUAAUGUUUUCAUUUUUCUCGGUUGCCACAAAUGCCAGGAUUUAACAGGCUUAGGAAGGAAGGAGUAGGUUUUCGGUGUAGACGUAGGUGUUAGUCAAUCGGGUUCAAAUGUUUAUGAACUGUAACUGAGCCAACAUACCUUUAACAGUCAGAGAUAUUAGAAUGCCAAUGGACUGCAGCCUUGAUAUUGUACAUAAUACUUAAAUACUGUAGUUGAUUAAAUCAUUCUUGAUGAGUUUUGCCAUGUAGUUGCUUAAGUUGCCCCUCUGCUGGGAGAUUUACCUGCAUAGAUGAGGUCUAUGACGGCCACAAUAAUCAACACUACCUGUAAUAAAUAGUUUUCCAUCGUGUUGCACAGUGACGUUGCUUAGUUUAGAUUUUGGUGGUAGAAAAGUGGAAUCAGGUACCUAUCAUUACUUCCUGUGUAACUGGAAGAAAUCACAAAAAAAAAAAAAAAAUCUAUAAAGUGCUGUUUAUUUGAAGAAAUUUGGCCAAAUUUCUUAUUGCAAACCCAGUGCUCAUUCUGUUUUUAUGGUGUUAAAUGUAAAAAAAGAAAAAAAAGAAGAAAAACAAAAUCUUCAUUUGUUUGCAAUUUUUUUCUCUUUAAAUUCUUCACAAAAUUCUUUUGUGAGCUUAAUCGAGUCAUCGUUUUUCUGUUUAUCAGUGUUAAAUGCUUUGUAAAAAUGUGUUACAUAUUUUCAGGAUCUAUUUAAGUUAAUGAUGCGCAAGUUAUGUUGUAGUUUUAUAAGAUUUUUCUGCCUCGCUAGGUGUUUGACAUUUCAUCUUACGAUCCCUGCACAUUAAUUCUAUCUUUUAAAGUGUGUUUUCUAUUUUGAAUUGCUUUUAACUUAAGGACUAACUCAAACUGUAAUUACAUGUCUUACUUGAACCUGUCAUCUACGCUGAUAGAUUUCCUGCUGCUGGUUUGGAGUCACGUUGGUGUACAAGCAUUUUGACAGAUCUUAAGCAUUGGUAUGCCAUAUAUCACACCUCCUCACUUUGAAUUUGUGUGCACUUGUUAUUCUAAUGUAUUCUUGAAUUUUUUGAGACUUAAUUUUCCAAAUAAUAAAACCUCAGAUUGGAAACAGG